GAGAGCGGGCGGUGAGCGGGCUGAAUGAGGGACGACUGACCCUGUGAUUCUCAAAGGUUUGGCACCAGAUGAAUGAACAAGGCAUUUCAAGGUCAUCAAGGCUGAUGUGAUGUCAUCAAGUGCAUUUCCCUGUUAAGAAACAAACAAAUACAGCUCAGUUCUUUGGCGGUAUCUUGGAAUAGAAAUGGAAAUAAUGUGAGAUUAAGUUGUGAUUCUGCACUCCAUCCAAACUGUAAACUUUGAAAGCCUAGGUACAGGCAAGUGAGAGAACAAUACCUUUGAUGGAUCCAGGAUUAUCGUGGAGCUUUUGAGAGGGAAGCUCAGACUUGUACAACAUGAAUGUGCAAGGAAAGAUACAAGUCGGUGAAGUCAACCAACAAGAAGAAAUACAGAAAGACGACAAGCAGUCUUUGAUAGAAACCGUGGAAGAUGCCAAUGCCAAUCAAAUCACCAAAGAGAAAAUUUAUUCAGAUGACAGAGAGCAUGGCAGCCAACUACCCACUCUGGUGUCGCACUCCGAAGCCCAGGAGAGGAUCAUUAUCUGGGGAACACAUGCUCGGUGUGAAGACCCUGAGCUUGAAGAGUUUGAACUGCUGGAAUGUCAAGAGCUAGAAACAUUUGUAGUGGAAGAAGAAGAACAGGUAGACAUGCAGAGUGAAAGAAGCAGAAAGGGAGCAAAGAACUUCAGUGAAAAAGAGUUUUCAUCUACAGCCAUCAGCACCACUAUUGGCUCCCCUUGGAAAGACCACAAUGAAAACCAUAAUGUGGAUGGAGAUGCAAAUGAGAACUCUCAGCCCCUUGACCUCAGGACCUCCAGCUCUCGCUGUGGUGCGAACCGAACCCUGAGAGAUGCGCGAAGUGGUUCUGAGGGCAAUGUCUUUUCAUCUUCUCUUUCUGCAGUGACCAGCCUCAGUGGAAGUUUAGCAAGUGCCCUGGACAGUGCAGGCCGCACACAGCCUCUCUCUUCCCAGUCCACCAAGUCUACCUCAGACAAAGGCAGGAACCAGCAUCCAGCUACUACCGAGUCCUACAUCCACUCAGAGAGAAACAGGGAGCUUCUCAGUGAUUUGGACCAAAACCAUAACUCUACCACACUGCCUCAGGAACCACAAUAUGACCGAAGUAAGCUAAUGCAUCCUUCUUAUGGAGCAGUAAAACUGCAAAAAUUCCAAAUGGAAGCAGAGCAGAAUGCUGGGAAAAGGAUGUCAACCGAGGUGCCGAAAGGUAUGUUGAGGGUGCUACCUUCUUGUAGGCAGCUAGUCCGCCCUCUUUCUACUGAAAAACGACUAACCUCAGGAUACCCCAGCAUAGACACCCAGGCAGACCAGCAACAAUCCCACUCCUCAGAGAAAGGUCAGAGCCAUCCACAAGUGCUGCCUACUACUGAAGUCUACAGCAAUCCCAACGCAGACUCACAGACACCUCCCAACCAGGCUUUUACACGAGAAGCCCAAUGCUUGAAGAGGCAAAGUUCAGCAGAUCGUGCUGUAAGUCCCUCCAGCCUAGAAAGAAAGACUCACUUCAGCAGGCGAGCCUACAGCAGUCCGACUAGACCUUUGACACCUCCAUCCCCCAAGACCACAAGGUCUCCUCAAAGACAGCCUCCUUCCUCACCCAUCAAGACAUUACCUUCUCGAGGUCCUCAGUUGGGUUAUGCUGGGUUUAGCUCGGGCUUAAGAACCCCAGUUAAAACCACAAUCAACACAAGCAUCCAUAAAACUCAUCCACAGCAGGCAUUAUUGGAGACCUCCCCUCCAAGCAAGUGCCUGCCAAAACCGAAAAGUGUCCGGCCCAAAAUCAUUACGUACAUUCGGAAGACUCCCCAGGUGAAACCCCAGUCUUUUGAGGGAACUUACGAGGUGUCGUCCUUAGCUACGAGACUCUCAACAUACAGCAGCACACAGGCCAAACCAGCGGUCGAAGAUCAAGGGGAAGCCACUGUGCUGAGUGCCUCAAAUUUACUCUAUGAUAAGUAUCGUCAAGAGAUGCAGAAGGUCCGGUUCUUCUCGCCUGGACUCAUGAUGUCUGGGAUUAAGCCACCCAGCAACACCAUGCCCCAUAAAAUGACAGGCAGAGCAGACAGCUUCUAUGGUUCUCUCAACAAGCCUCUGUCUGCAGCAGCGGGCAGAUCUCCAUUAGCCCUUGGGUCUCCAGUUUCUGGAGCCGAGGACCCUUCUGGACCCCCUAUGGGAGCACAGGAUAUGGGGAGUCUGUAUCGUCCACCACGAGGCCUAAGACCCCAGCUUGGCAUUGGUGCUGUAAACAGGACUCCCUUUGCAACUGCCAAGAACAGGAUGGUCCUAACAGGCCAGCCGAAGUCACCACUGACCCUCAGUCAACCAAUGCAGGCAGUAAACCCGACCACUCAAACCCCUCAGGAACCUCAAGAUCAGAGAAAGCCAGUGGUGACUGGGUUAGCUGCUAAAUCCCUCCUGCCGAAGCCAGCUCAGUCUGGCCUGCGUCCUCCCGGUUACUCGCGCCUCCCGCCGGCUCGUCUGGCCGCCUUUGGGUUUGUUCGGAGCUCUAGCGUCUCCUCUGUGUCCAGUAAUCACUCGACUGACAGCACUUGGAGUGACCCCUGCCGACCCGCCGACAGUCCCAACAGUGUAAGUGAUGAGCCGCCACCGCUUCACCGUGUCACCACGUCACCUCCUGGAGAUGGAUCCAGAGCACCGUGCCGUAGCACCCCUCAACCCCCCAACACCCCUGCACCCAUACGCCGCUCCCUGUUGCCCCCUCCUCGAAGCUCCCCCGUGGCAUCCCGUAAGGAAUUCCAGAAGAGUUCUGACGGCACCCGUUCAUCUCUCUCCUCCCCUAAGAGACUCGCUGUAGUGUCUCCUAAACCGCAGUCUCCAGGUAACCAACCAGAACAAAGAUCAACCCAAGAUAUUGCCCAAAAGAACCUGUAUCUGGAGGAGCGGGUCCAGGUGCUUCAGCAGCAGAAUGAAGACCUGAUGGCCCGCAUUGAUCGCCAUCUCACAGUCUCAAGACAACUGUCUGAGGAGAACGCAAACCUUCAGGAGUAUGUGGAGAAGGAGACCAACGAGAAGAAACGGCUGAGCCGCAACAAUGAAGAGCUGCUCUGGCUUCUUCAGACGAGUCCCCAUCUGUCUCCUUCCUCUUCUCCCAUCCACAGAGCCUUCUUCCCCGGCCCUGAUAUCCCUCCUUACCCUUACUCUCCGGGUCCUGGGACCCCCACACACUCCUGUUCCCCUGGCCCCUCUCCGGCACCAGGGACGCCCACUCUCAGAGGCUCACCAGCAGCACGCUCGUCCCCUGCCCGGAUCCCAAACGCCAACACAUUUUCCAGAUGAGCUGUUUUACUGAAUCCCAGUCACAUCGCCCAUUUUCUGUUACUGUGCAUUGUGACAGCAUUGUAUCGUUUUGGCGUGCAGACCGCCCACGUUUUUCUUAGAAAAACAGGUUUUAUAUGUCAUAAGAUAAUGUCAACCCAAAUGGUCAGACAGCCUUUGUCACUUCCGUUUGUUGACGAAUCGGACUUCGUAAAUGCGUAGCAUCAGAAUGAAAGAGCUAAUGAUGCUAAUGCUCAUGAUGUGCUGCCAACAAUGCUUGGUCUGCAUGGAGGCAGGACCUUUUUUGUGUAUACAGAAGUAGCUCAACUUUGACUCUAAAACAUGCUGUUGGACUCCAACACAAAUGUCUGUAGUUUCUUCUGAAUGACAUACGAGAACUUUAUACAACAAAAAGCACUUUAGGUUUCUGCCCUACCUUCUUCCUACAGAUAAAUGCACCAGCAUUUUUUGUGGUCUGGUUUAUUUUUUUAUGCGAUAUGUCUUCUGAUUUUACAAAUCUCCCAAGUUCUGAUUUAGAAUGUUUCGAAUUAGU